UUAGUGACGACACAGCGCUUCAUGAAAACUCUUAUGAGGAAAAGUGGAUGGCAUCUAUACCUGAUGACCAACUCCUUUCAGCUGUUACUAUUCCCGGAACUCAUGAGAGCCUAACUCUGCAUGGUGGACCUCUUAUACAGUGUCAGGCUUGGACCUUGGAGAACCAGCUGAAAGCAGGAUUGCGGUACUUUGAUUUACGUAUAGAGGCCAGUAUUUUCCACAACACCCUUGAUGUCAUGGAUGGGCAUAUAAAACAUACCAAGUUCCAUGAUGUGCUAAACAUUCUGUGGGAGUUCUUGGGCAAACAUGACAGUGAGACUGUAGUUUUGAGAGUGACACUGCAAGGGAUGAGUAUCUGGAAUGCUAGAGAAUCUAUCAAGGAUUUGAUUAAGAAAUCCAAAGAUAAUGUAUGGACAAAGACGUUGGUCCCCCACAUGCGAGACGCGAGAAGGAAGAUCGUCUUUGUGCAGAGUACCAAUUUCAAUGUCGGAACCCUUAACCAUAACAUUUGUGUCACUUACGAUGGAUGGUUCAAAAACAUUGAAAACAAGAUGAAAACAAUCACAAAACAUCUGAAAGAAGCUCAAAAGAAUUGUGCUCAUACAAUUUCCUUGACUGACACCUCCACCACAGGCUUUUUCAUAGGCCCUAAAACUGUGGCCAAAGUGGUUAAUGAUCAGCUCAAUAAGCUUUUAGGUAAACUAAAGACAGGCUCUGAUAAACCAAACUGCUUGGGGGUAAUCAGCAUGGACUUUCCCAGUCCAGAUCUCAUCCAGAACAUCAUUGAGGUCAAUAGACAACCAGGAAGCGGUUCAUCUGAUCACCUAGUAGAGCCUGAACCAGCAGAGCCUGAACCAGCAGAGCCGGAACCACUAGAGCCUGAAUCUGCAGAGCCUGAACCAGCAGCGCCUGAAGAAUCUGAACCAGCAGAGCCUGAGCCAGUAGAAGAGUCUGAACCAGUAGAGACCGAACCUUCAGGGGAGACUGAACCAGUACAGCCUGAACUAGCAGAGGUUGAACCGAUAGAGCCUGAACCAGUAGAGCCUGAGGCAGUAGCAGAGCCUGAUACGGUAGAGCCAGAACCAGUAGAGUCUGAACGAGCAGAGCCUGGGGAGGCUGAACCAUCAGGGAAGACUGAAGCAGUAGAGCCUGAACCAGCAAAGGCAGAACAACUAGCAGACCAUGAAGAACUUAAACCAGCAGAUAGUGGUGUGCCUAAACCAGCAGAGCCUGAGCCAGCAGAGCCUGAGCCAGUUGAGCCUGCACCCGCAGAUUCUGAACCAGCAGAUUCUGAAGCAGCAGACCCUGAACCAGCAGAGCCUGGGGAGCCUGAACCAGCAGAGCCUGAACCAGCAGAACCUGAACCAGUAGAGCCUGAACCAGUAGAGUCUGAACCAGCAGCACCGGAAGAAUCUGAUCCAGAAGAGCCUGAGCUAGUAGAAAAGCCUGAGCCAGCAGAACUUGAACCAGCAGAGAGAGAACCAGCAGAGCAUGAAGAAACAGAACUAGCAGGGCCUGAAGCAGCAGAGCCUGGGACUGCAGAACCUGAACCAGCUGAGCCUGAACCCGCAGAACCUAAACUAUUAGAGCCUGAGCCAGUAGAACCUGAGCCAGUAGAGCCUGAACCAGGAGAGCCUGAACCAGAAGAGCCUGAACUGGUAGAGCCUAAACGGGUAGAGCCUGAACCAGGAGAGUCUGGACCAGCAGCACAGGAAGAACCUGACCCAGCAGAGCCUGAGCCAGUAGAAGAGCCUGAACCAGCAGAGCCUGAACCAGUAGAGUCUGAACAUUCAGGGAAGACAGACCCAGCAGAGCCUGAUCCUGCAGAACCUGAACCAGCAGAAAGAGAACUAGCAGGGCCUGAACCAGCAGAGCCUGGAGAGCCUGAACCAGCAGAGCCUGAGCUAGUAGAGCCUGAAACAGAAGUGCCUGAGCCAGUAGAGCCUGCACACGCAGAUUCUGAACCAGCAGAGCCUGAAGCAGCAGAUCCUGAAAUAGCAGAGCCCGGGGAGCCUGAACCAGCAGAGCCUGAACCAGCAGAGCCUGAACCAGUAGAGUCUGAACCAGCAGCACUGGAAAAAUCUGAUCCAGCAGAGCCUGAGCCAGUAGAAAAGCCUGAAACAGCAGAGCCUGAACCAGUAGAGUCUGAACAUUCAGGGAAGACAGACCCAGCAGAGCCUGAUCCUGCAGAACCUGAACCAGCAGAAAGAGAACUAACAGGGCCUGAACCAGCAGAGCCUGGAGAGCCUGAACCAGCAGCACCUGAGAAGAAAGCCUGA